GCGUGUCAGCAGCCCAUUUCCUCCUCCGCUGACGGUCAGCCUUAUUCUUAUUCCUAUGCUUAUCUGUCUCCGCGCCCGCUCAACCUCGUCCGCUGUUUUCGAUGCUUUCCAUCCAAUGCUCUCCAGCCUGAAUACCAGUCAUGUACGGUCGGAACUCAUCCUCGCCAUAUCCAGGCUACAACCAACCCCCCCAACAGCCCGAAUGGCGUCUGCCGUCAAAGGCGCAUCCACAUCAACCUCCCCGCCAUGAUUCUGCGCCUCCGACCUCGUCGCGGCCUCCUCCCCCUCCACCCCGACAAACCACCGUGUCGACUGCUACGUAUAAUCCGUCUGGUUACGCGUCUAUCUCCAGUGCAGCGCCGUCUGUUUCCAUCAGCGCCCCAGGCCCCUACGGAACGGUCGAUACACCAACAUGGGGAGCGCAGUAUAACCGUCAUCACCAUGAGACUCCGCCCGCGCUUCCUCCUCGGCCUUCCAGCACAGGACUGUCCCAGGGUCAUGUACAGGCUCCUGGAGCAAACACGCCGGCUUUCAGCCAACCCCCGCCCCCUGCUCCGUCUACGUCGUACGGAGGUCAGUCGUACACGGUCAAUCAGUAUCAGCAAUGGAAUGAUCCUCAAUAUGCUUACCAGCAGACCGUCAAUCCUGCUCCGCCUCCGCAUCCGCCUCCACCCCCGCCAGUUCCUCCUGGUUAUCAAUAUGAACUACAACAGCAACAGCAGCAGCAACAGCAGCAGGAACCACCGCAUCCCUUGUAUUCAAAUCUUCCGGCAACCCACCGGUAUGAUCCGCCAGUGCAGGAUCCUCAGAGCCAGCUUCCGCUGUCGGGACCGACUGUUCUUAAUACAGCUUCUGAGUACCCCCCUGUUACAGCCCCACCCUUGCCAGUUAAGCCGGCUGAUUACGAUCCUAACCAGACUCCGGUUGGUGCCUCAGCCCUGGGGCCUGGCGGCCCGUCUGAUUGGGAGCAUUUUGGUGCUCUUCCAGCUGCAGAGGGCAUUGAUGGCAUUGAUGUAUCGCAGCAGACAUCUCCGCGUAUCCAGUCAACAGCUACCCCUUCAGCUGCCCACAUACCUCCUCCUCCACCACCACCACCAAGCAAUCCGACAAGUUUACUGGCAAUGGCGACACCGCCCACGGCAGCGAAUACUGCGCCUCCAACUUGGGGUCAAGGAUCCUAUGCAUCCUCACAAGUCAGCCCUAUUGCCCCGGAGGAAAUUCCAAAACCUACGCCACAGAACAGAAUGGGGAGUGUGGAUAGCAUUCAAUCUAACAUCAGCAGUCUCCACUCCACUGGGCGUUCUGAGACAAUUGACGAUGUCAUCAAAACUUGGGCUCAACGUACUGCCCCGGUGAUGGAUAUUCAACAGACCGCUGUCUUGCUUGUCGCACAGACUGUCCCUGUGAAACCUCCAGUCCCUCUAGAAACUUUCAAGAAGAAGGAUGAGGUACAGCUGUCCUCAUCAGGAACUCAGACAAUUGAAGAACCGAAGAAGGAAGAAACUAUCGUCCAACCGCAAAUCAUAGAUCCAUAUGAAGACCUUGAUCCCUGGUUUAAGUCUUCAUUGGGGCGUUUCGUGGCUAUGCUCCGCAAAGAGACUGUGGCAGAUACGGAUGAAGAACGGUAUAGGAUAUUUACAUCCUUUGUUUCCAAGGAGAUCAAAUUGCGCGAAGUUCUGUACAAUAUUGAGCUGGAGCCUAAGAACGAAAAGUCUACACCGGCCCCGCAGAAAACGCCCCCUCAGAGUGUCCAAGUCGACUCGGGCUUGAUUCCUGUAAAAUCAGAGCCUUCUGCUGCAGCGUCUCCGGCCGCUAUAGCUGCGGACUUGGAAACAGAACGCUAUAGUCCUGGUGGACGUCCAAUGAUCCCAAAGUUGCCGACUCCAGCUCCGGCCUCCAAACCCAUGUUCUCAGAUAAUCUUUUGCCAAAGCAUCCAUUAGAACCUUUGACGACGAAUCCUCCACAGCCUAUAUACAUUCCAUUUCGGUAUACUGAAGGCCCUCAACGAGGUUCAGAUAACCUCAUGAUUGAACGGCCUGUUUCUCAGGCAUAUUCCGCGCUGCGACAUGCAGGCAAUGUGAGCGGCCGUAUGAUGUCGAAUGUUCCUUCUCCGAGUCCCCCACCAAAGGUUGGCACGACAACUCCCGUUCUAAAGCAAAGCAAACCCGAUGAGAAAUUCAUUGGAUUGAUCAGGGAAAAAAGUGUUGCCUAUCGUGAUGGGCGGCCAGAUACCUCUACCCCUCCGCCUUUGCCUGGUCUUCCGGGGUCUCUUAGCAAAAGCAAGCCGAGUGACAGUAUCGAGAAAUUGCGAUCCUUGAUUUUGGCACCCCCGACUAAGCAAUCUGAAGCCUUGAGAACUAUGGACAAAGAUGUGCAACAGUUUACCGAUGAAUUUAAUUACAUCAAAGAAGCUGUCAAUUUGUGGGAGACCGCUGCACAAGACCGGCGAAAAAAGCUCGAAGACCAACGAUACAAACGUCAAGAGGAGUCCGAGGGGCAUAUUGAUGCGUUAUUCAAUGAAAAGCGGAUAGGUUACGCGGAUAUCAAUACGCUAGAAGAGGACUUCCGUCAGACUGAAGCGCGCGUCCAACUGGAUGAAGAGAGACAUGAGCUAGACGACUUCGUUGCAAAAGUUUUCGAUCCUCUGGAUGAGCGGUUAACGGAAGAAAUAUCAAAACUGCGGGCUCAUUAUGAUACAUUGCUUGAUCAACUCAAGCCCGGAAGGGGCAAAACGGGAGAUCCUUCUAUUGCGGAUAAAUAUCCACUAGCUGAAACAAUGAAGAUGGUCAUGAAAAUUUACCCAAAACUUGAGCUCCGUUACCAGAAGCGCCUUGAUAUUGGCCUGGAGCGUGAACGCCGACGGAAGAAGGCUGAGCGGCGCCCACAUGUUUUCAUCGGUGACUCACCAGCCCUAAAACAGCUUGAUGGGGAAUUCGACCAGAUGGAAAGAAGAAAUAUCUUUGAAGCAGCUAAGAGUCGGGAUGACAGGGCGAAUCUCCUCAUAGACGCUUUCGAUGACGCAAUUAUGCGCGGGUUGGGUGAAAAUCAAAGGCUUCUUGAUGAGCUUUCCUCGAGGGCGGAAAAGCUCGAGUUAGAGGGAGUCCACUCGUCUGGGUUGCCAGACGCUGAAGUUAAAGAGAUCUUGAAUACCGCUUUGAAGUUUGUGGGAUCUGUUCGCGCAGAUUCCGAGUCCAUGCUUCGCAGUUUCGGACUCGCCGACUCCGCUCUCAAUGACGCGGAUUAUAGCGUUGCUGUAGCAGAGGCGCAGUAUUCGAACUCGGAUGAGGAUAUUUUCCGUCGACUCAAGAACGAGAAAAAGAAAGAGGACGCAAAUAUACGCAGUGAUUUCGAGUCCAAGAUGACGAGUAUCCAGAAAGGUCCUGUCGAGAUUAGCAAUAAGAUCGACGGACUGCUUAAGUCGCUGGACAAUCCUGGAAAGGAGCCUGGGCGCCUCACACCUGGCAAUCCUACCGCUGAUUCAACUCUAUUUCUCCCGACUAGCAAAGCAGCUGGUGGCGAUACGCAAACAGCAGGUCGGGAUUCAGCGCCAGCAGUAAACUACCUUGUCAAUGAUCCAUUGCCGGCUCCUCUUCGGCCUCGCACUGAUAGCUCAGCCACCAGCGCUGCCAAAUUGGCGGAGUCUAAUCCCGAACAUCAAGAACGGCUGCGGAAAGCAUUAGAAGAUGCCAAGAGGAGAAAUGCGGCGAGAAACAAUGCGUAAUUCAGCCUGUUGUUGUAGAUACAUUCCCCCAACAAAGAGUGGGGGUUCUGGGUUUCUUCCAUUUCAUAUUUUGGUUUUAAUUGGCAAUCACGAUAUCCCUUAUGACUGAAUGAGAUCAGUGACAUCUAUGUAUUUUAUGUUGUAUUUCCAUGUCUAUAAGCAUUUAAAUGUUCAUAUUAACAAACCACCCCAAGCCCUUGCCCUAAUGACUAAGCUGAACUACUUGCUCUGCACUCUCUUUCCUCCAUCGAGAUUCGACACACAUCAGAA